AUGUCUUCUAAUUCAGAAUAAAUACCACUUAGUUUUGAACAAAUUCCUGAAAAAGAUAUCAUUAGAAUAUUAACUUAUAAUACAUUUCUUAGACCACCCUUUGUUAAUAAUAAUGGAGAUGAUUAUAAAAAUGAAAGAUGUGAAUUAAUCAUUAAAGAAUUAAUGAAGUAAUUAUAUUAUAUAUAUAUAUAUAUAUAAUUAGUUUUGAUAUAGUAUGUUUAUAAGAAGUAUUUGGAUUUUUAAAUUCUAGAAAAUCUAUUCUAAAACAUAAAGCAUUCAAAUUAGGAUUUACUUAUUAAGCAGUUAGUCCUAGUCCUAGUUUUUUUUCUAGUCAAAUGGUAGAUGGUGGAUUAGUCACUUUGAGUAGGUUAUAAAUUUAAUUAUCAAUUUUAGAUAUCCAAUUCUAUAUCAUGAUUUUAAAGAAUUUCCAUAUGGCAUUUUAUCUGAUAAUCUAUCUAAUAAAGGAAUAUUGUAUACAAAAAUAUAAGUUAAUGGAUAAAUAUUACAUAUUUUCAACACUCAUUUGUAGGCUAGUUAUGUGGGUAAUGAUUCAAAUGUGGUAAUAAAUCACAACUUAUUAGAUAGAGAGCAACAGUCUCUACUAGAAUUGAUUAAUUAUAUUGUUUUAAGAAAUUUGUACAUUCAACUCUAUAAUAAUAAUAGGCAUAAGAGAAUGAUUUAAUAUUAUUAUUAGGGGAUUUCAAUAUAGAUAGCAGGUAUGAAUAAGGAUUUCCUAAUGAAGUAUUGAAAUAGUUUCCAAUUUUACAAUAACAAUUAGGCAAUCCUUAAAGAUAUCAAGAAUAUGAUUCUCUGAUGACAAUUAUGACAAAUAAUGGUAAAGAUAAAUUUAUCAAUUUAUUGUUAUAAUAAGAAGGCAAAUUUCUUAAUACUUAUGCUGAUUAUGAAGAAGAUGAGAAUGGUUAAAAGAAACCUUUGGAGAUUUAAUUAACAGAUAAAGCUGAUUUAUUGACUGGACAAUGUUUAGAUUAUAUAUUUUAAUUGAUUCCUGAAAAUCAAAGUAAUCCAAAUACAAUCUAAAUAAAAUAAGUGAAUGUUGAGAAAUUCUUUGUAGAAGGUUUAAAAUUUACUUAAUUAUCUGAUCAUUAUGGUGUUUCUUGUGAUAUAUUAGUUAAAUUGAAUUAAUGA